GCGUGAUGUUUCCGAAUGCAAUUUUACACCCAAUCGGGUUUAAUAACGUCCGAAGUUGUAAACUGAUCAAUCAUAGCUAUUUUAACAGUUGCAAAUUGCAAUUAUUUUUUCAAACCGUGAUUGAUUCGGAGUAAUUAUUCUUUUGAUAUGGCUCAUCUGUCACAAUUGCCUUCUCUCACGUUACAAAACAUCCGGCAGGUCGCAAUUGGUGAUAUUAAUAAUUUAGCAAAAAUAUGCGUCAGAUACGCUUCGAAGAAAGCUAGCAGUAGUACCAGUAAUAAACCUGGUCAUCCCAAACCAAAGCAUAGAGGAUGGAAAAAACAGGAUGGAUCUUAUGUACAAGCAGGCACAAUAUUGGCCACACAGCUAAAACCCAGAUUUCAUCCAGGUCUUAAUGUUGGUUUUGGGCGAAAUGGAACUUUAUUUGCUAUAGAAGCAGGCAAAGUAAUGGUAACUUGUGAGAAAAUUAAUCCUAAUUGGAAUCAUUCCUGGAUUAAACGAUGUUACGCUGGCCGUGAAGGUCAAGUUAUAUAUAAGAAACACUUUAAUAUUAUUCCUGAUCCACAACAUGAUCGAUUUCAAUUGAUUGACAGAAUAUAAAUAUUUAUAUUAUGUAGAGAAAAUGCAUAUAAAAAUUCUUUAAUUAUUUUAAAAUCUCAAUAUUUAGUACAGAUAUUCUUGAUAUUAUCUCAAUAUUUAGUACAGAUAUUAUUGAUAAAAUUGUCAUAUUGCUUGAAGCCAUUCAUAUGAUUCAUUAGUACAUAAUAAAAAGAAGUUUCUAAAAUAUUUCAGAAUUAAAGAGAGAACAUUGAAAUUAAUUUUUUAUAUAUACAUAAAUUAAAAUU